AUGGAUAGCCUUCCUGAUGUGGAAGAUUUGGAUCCUUUCCCUCUCUCCCACGACGAAAUAACGCUUUGUCCUUGUUGGAUCGAGAGCCUCUUCGAAUGCGACGACGCUAUGGAGGGCGGCGACGACACGUCCAGCUGCUGUACAAGCGGGGCAACAGUGAAACUUUCAAAUGUGACCGAGGAGCGUAGAGAGGCCGUAUUGGCAAUAGCGGAAAACAAAAGGUCGCUGGAAAAGGCCGUGGAGUUGUUCAAGCGCUUCCGAGUAUUUCGCGCGUCGGUUAAUCGUUUCAUACUAAUGAUCAGUAACAAUGAUCGGGAUGGAGCACUCUCAAGUUUCUCAGAGGCGCUAGAUUAUAGGAUGGAGAAAGGUCGAAUGACAAGGUUUCAUCGGGACUUGGCAUAUGGAGCUGCUAAACGCAUAGUCACAAUUCGAACGAAUGUGGCGAAGAAGUACUUGAAGAAGAAUCCCAUAUGGUCCUACCCAGUCUUGUCCUCGUUCGUAAUGUCGGCCGUCAACUUAGUCACAGGAGAAUCCCUCACGAAUCCGUUGGACGAGAGACGGUUCGAAGAACCGACAAAUUGCCGAGAUCUAGCCCCGCCGAUUACAGUUUACCCGAAAAAGCCCGCGCUCCUCAUGGUUCAGGGCGUCUACUCCCGGUUGCGAUGACUGUAUUGCAAUCUGCUAAAGCUAGCAGAAUCCAGCGACUUCCUAGUAGAGGCCAUGACCCUUCGGAUGCCGGUAUUAACAAAUGUCCUUCACGAGGCAUGGAUAUACCAGAUGCCUUGCUUGACGGUCACUGCGAUCGAAUCCUCAGCCAUAAACGCAAAAUUGAU